UAAAUAGCCACUGGAAAUCGACGGAACAGCAUCAGUUUUCUAGCAGCAGCAAGCAAAGUCUCAGUAGCAGCUUUCGGCAAGCCAGCAGCGCAGCUUAUUUCUUUUAAUUAAAAAAAAAAUAUGGCUAUCGUCAAGGUUUUGUGUCUGUUCGCUCUCAUCCAAUUCUCUGCCGCCCAACUGCUGGGAGGCCUCGGCUAUGGCGGUUACGGAGGUCUAGGAUACGGCGGACUUGGCUAUGGUGGCUACGGUGGCAUUGGAGGCUACGGAGGCUACGGAGGUUACGGAAUCAAUCCUUACGUUUUCUCUUAUUAUUCUCCCAUAGGUUACGGAAGUAGCUAUUAUGGUGCAAGCCCAUAUGGCUUCAACUCCGCUCUGUAUGGAGGAUACGGAGGCUAUGGUGGCUAUGGAGGCUUCGGUGGAUACGGCGGAUACGGCGGAUACGGCUACGGCAGCUACGGUUAUGGUCGCGGUCUGUACGGUGGCUAUUCUCCUUUGGCUGGUCUUUAUUAAGAAUGAGUUUGAUUUCAGACGUCUCUUUGUCCUUUUUCAACCCGUUUAUAAUAAACCUGUACAUGGAAAACGUAGAAGAGGUUUUAGAAUUUUGCUAUGCGUAUUCCCAAGGCAUUUUUAUCUUUCGCUAGAUCUGAUCAAUAUAAAUACACAAUUUCCAAGUGCAA